AUUUCUAGAAAAGGCCAAACUCCCCCUCUCCAGUCUCCCCCCACACCACUUGCUUAAUUCAACAAAGUUUAUAGGAGUAGUAUUGUUUUCCUUCUUACCAAUAUUAAAAUCAUUUUCGCAGAAAACAAACAUUUUCAAAAAAAUUUCACUUUCCACACACACUCCACUCUCAUUUUAGCAUCACGACAUCGACAUCGACAUCGACAUCGACAUCUGCAUCAAAAUCAACCUAACUCUGCGUUGACUUGAGAAGAACGGUUGUUGAAUUGCGAACAGUUGAUGAGAGAUAAUUCGUGCGAUUUUCGGUGAUUUGAAGCUUCAAUUUCAGCUUAUUUAGCUUCAUAAUUUCCUUUUUUCUUUUUGUUAAAAAUUGGCGAGAUUCGGAGAUGGAGAGUUUGAUAAAUGAAGAGUUUGGAGAAGUGAAGGCGAAGAAUUCAUCAGAAGAAGCGCUUCGAAGAUGGAGGAGUUUGUGCUGGUUGGUGAAGAAUCCAAAGCGUCGAUUUCGUUUCACUGCAAAUCUCAAGAAACGUUCUGAGGCUCAGGCUAUUCGCCGUUCCAAUCAGGAGAAGUUGAGGGUUGCACUCUUGGUCUCACAAGCUGCCCUCCAGUUUAUACAGGGUGUAUCAUAUACUCCACCCGAAGAAGUCAAAUCAGCUGGCUUUGAGAUUUGUGCUGAUGAGCUGGGGUCCAUUGUUGAGGGUCGCAACACGAAGAAGCUGAAAGCGCAUGGUGGAGUUGAGGGUCUCACAAAGAAGCUCUCUACGUCAACCAUGAGUGGAAUAUCUACUUCUGAGCAGUUGGUGAAUCAAAGGAAGGAGAUUUAUGGUGUUAAUAGAUUCAUUGAAAGUCCACCUAAGGGUUUCUUAGUUUUUGUUUGGGAAGCGCUUCAAGACAUGACUCUUAUGAUACUUGGAGUUUGUGCAAUUGUUUCUUUGUUUGUUGGCAUUUUAAUCGAAGGAUGGCCCAAGGGAGCCCAUGAUGGUCUUGGAAUUGUUGCUAGCAUUUUCUUGGUUGUAUUUGUAACUGCAACAAGUGAUUAUAGACAAUCAUUGCAAUUUAAGGAUUUGGAUAAGGAAAAAAAGAAGAUCACAAUUCAGGUUACUAGAGAUGGUUGUAGACAGAAACUAUCGAUAUAUGACCUACUGCCAGGGGAUAUUGUUCAUCUUGCCAUUGGAGAUCAGGUCCCAGCUGAUGGACUUUUUAUUUCAGGAUAUUCUGCUAUUAUUGAUGAAUCAAGCUUAACUGGAGAGAGUGAACCCAUUCAUGUUAACCUUGAACAUCCUUUUCUUUGUUCAGGCACUAAAGUUCAGGACGGGUCACUGAAAAUGCUUGUUACCACUGUCGGCAUGAGAACGCAAUGGGGUAAAUUGAUGGCUACUCUUAGUGAAGAAGGUGAUGAUGAAACCCCCCUGCAGGUGAAAUUGAAUGGAGUGGCAACUGUCAUUGGAAAAAUUGGGCUCUUUUUUGCAGUGGUUACGUUUGCUGUGAUGGUUCAAGGAUUAUUCAGCCGUAAGUUACAAGAUGGUUCUACAUGGAGUUUAUCUGGUGAUGAUGCCCUUCAGAUCUUGGAAUUUUUUGCCAUUGCUGUUACAAUCGUUGUUGUUGCAGUUCCUGAGGGACUACCCUUGGCUGUGACUUUGAGCCUUGCGUUUGCAAUGAAGAAAAUGAUGAAUGACAAGGCUCUUGUACGUCACCUUGCUGCUUGUGAGACAAUGGGAUCUGCUACUACUAUCUGCAGUGACAAAACGGGGACACUUACUACCAAUCAUAUGACUGUUGUCAAAGCUCACAUAUGUGGGAAAACUGUGGAAGCAAACAACUUCAAGGAAUCUCUCACUACAUCUAACAUUCCUGAUUUUGCACGGAAAGUUCUUUUAGAAUCAAUUUUCAAUAAUACUGGAGGAGAAGUUGUUAUAGCCAAAAACAACAAAACUGAGAUAUUAGGAAGUCCCACUGAAACUGCUAUAUUGGAGUUUGGGUUAUCAAUUGGUGGUGAUUUCAUGACAGAGCGUGAAGCAUCGAAAAUUGUGAAAGUGGAGCCUUUCAACUCCUCAAAGAAGAGAAUGGGAGUGAUUCUGGAGAUUCCUAAUGGAGGUCUGAGGGCACACUGUAAGGGUGCUUCUGAGAUUAUUCUGGCUGCAUGUGAUAGGGUUAUUGAUGCAAAUGGAGUUGUUGUCUCCCUGGAUAAAUCAUCAGUUGAACAUUUAAAUGCCACAAUUGAAGAGUUUGCUAAUGAUGCUCUACGCACUUUAUGCCUUGCUUAUCAGGACUUGGGAGAUAGUUACUCUGCUGAUAGUUCUAUUCCUUCUGAUGGAUACACCUGCAUUGGUAUAGUAGGCAUCAAAGAUCCAGUGCGCCCUGGUGUCAAGGAAUCUGUUGCGAUCUGCAGGUCAGCUGGAAUUAUUGUCCGAAUGGUUACAGGAGACAACAUAAAUACAGCAAAGGCAAUUGCUAGAGAAUGUGGGAUUCUCACUAAAGACGGCAUAGCUAUCGAAGGCCCUGAGUUUCGUGAGAAGAGUGAGGAAGAGUUAACUGAACUGAUACCAAAAAUUCAGGUUAUGGCUCGAUCUUCACCAAUGGAUAAGCACACCCUUGUAAGACAUUUGCGGACAACCCUUCAAGAAGUUGUGGCAGUGACAGGAGAUGGUACAAAUGAUGCUCCUGCCCUUCAUGAAGCAGAUAUCGGCCUUGCUAUGGGAAUUGCUGGAACUGAGGUGGCAAAAGAGAGUGCUGAUGUCAUUAUUUUGGAUGACAAUUUUUCUACAAUUGUAACGGUGGCCAGAUGGGGACGCUCUGUAUAUACCAACAUUCAGAAAUUUGUACAAUUUCAAUUAACAGUCAACAUUGUUGCCCUUAUUGUCAACUUUUCUUCAGUCUGUUUGACCGGAAGUGCUCCACUUACUGCUGUUCAGCUUCUGUGGGUUAACAUGAUUAUGGAUACCCUUGGAGCCCUUGCACUGGCCACUGAGCCUCCUAGCGAUGAAUUGAUGAAGCGUCAGCCUGUUGGAAGGAAAGGAAGCAUUAUCAGUAAUGUGAUGUGGAGGAAUAUACUUGGUCAAUCAAUUUAUCAAUUUGUUGUCAUAUGGUAUCUACAGAGUAGAGGAAUUGAAGCUUUUGGGCUCAGCGGUCCUGGUUCUGAGUUAACACUGAACACAAUUAUAUUCAACUCAUUUGUCUUCUGCCAGGUAUUCAACGAGAUCAACUCCAGGGAGAUGGAAAAGAUUAAUGUUUUUGCAGGGAUCCUGAACAACUACAUAUUUGUGGGUGUUCUCACAUCAACUGUCCUUUUCCAAAUUGUAAUUAUCGAGUACCUCGGUACAUUUGCAAACACGACUCCACUUACUCUAACUCAGUGGUCGGUGAGCAUCUUGUUUGGGUUUCUUGGCAUGCCAGUUGCUGCUGCUUUGAAGAUGAUCCCAAUAUGAACCCUUGAAUAUUGAACGUGAAGUUGGAGAAGAAAAUUUUGUAGCUUGCUGCAACUUCUAGUACGUGCAGGUGCUUCUACAGCUGCCACUGCCUGAAGCAAUGAUCUUUGCAAGUUCUAACUUUGUGAUUAAUCGAACAUCUGAUGAAUUCGUAGGCAUCUUUCAAAUGAUGUUCAGAUUUCUUGUUGCUUCACUCUAGUCUCAGAUUGCUUCUGUGAUUCUGUCUGUUCUCGAGAAUGGUGGUACUCGAUGAUUCGCUGAAUUGAUUGAUGAAUCUCUGAUACUAGAAAAUCUCCACAUCAUCUGUUAACUCGAACAUGGAUUAUAUCAUGGAUUAUGAUAGGGAAAGUCGCCUGCAUAAUCCUUUCCUGAUAUGUUGUAUUUCACAUAUUGUGAUCAGUAUUGGGCAUAAUAGGCCCCACUUAUCCAUGUAAUUUUUUCCAUAUUGGAUUUAAACUGCAAUGUUUUUUAA